CAAUACCAGCGCAUUGUCAUCGAGUCUAAGCCCAAGACAUUAGUGGUCACCGAAACCACACCAACACUAGUGGUCAUCAAAUCUGAACCGAAAGACACAAUCGAUGACAACAAUGAGAGCCAACACUCGGACUCUAUGUCUGAGACGUUUGAGACAAUGGAUGACAACUCGAGUGACACUCAACUCGAGAGCACAGAAGAGAAGACAUGCGAUGGUAUGGAAGACAACGACAGCCAAUCCGAUGACAACUUGAAGUGUUUGUCAAACUUUGAGGCGAAGAGCUGUGCCAGCGAUGGGUCGGAAGUGGUGAAGACAUUGUCGGCCAAAAUACGCUUCAAAACCGUUGUCGGCGAAGACGGCCGGCAGUGGUUUGGAUGCAAUACAUGUGGCAAUGAAUACGAGUUUGAGUCACAACUACACCAACACUGGAAUCAAAUGCACUUCGGGUCGGAAACAGAGGACAAAAAUAGUACGGAUGCGUUGAUACGGGCGAAGACCAACGCCGAGCUCAAGAAGAUUGUGGUCAAAGACGGCAAACAGUUCUUCGUAUGUAAGAUAUGUAACAUUGAAUUCAAAUAUGAAUCAACUCUUGACAAUCACUGCCAUAAAGUGCAUAACCAGAAGGGCUUCCGAUGUGACCAAAAGGGCUGUUCAUAUGAGGCGCCAUCGAAACGGCAUUUAAGGGGACAUCUGAAGAGUACUCAUAAACUCAGUGAUAAACCAGAAAUUGUGUUUGAGAUGAUGUGUCCGGUGGACGGGUGCGCACAGGUAUUCGCGUCGAGCAAUGAGUUGGCCGCUCACCGGGUCUACAAUCACACUAUCUGUCUGUGCAGUGAAUGCGGCGAAGAGUUUGUGAGUCGUCGGGCGCGGACACAACACAUACAAUCGCAUCACAAAGAGAAACACAAAGAGAAACACAAAUGCCAUCAAACGGGCUGUCAAUACGAGACAUACAUUAAGACAAAUUUGUCUGAACACCAAAAAAUGCAUCAAAACAUACGUGAGUUUCGGUGCGAAGUACUCGACUGUGGCCGCAGUUUCUACACCAAACGUCAUCUCAAGCGUCACGCAGUGGUUCACAGCGAUGAGCGGCCCUUCACUUGCGAUUGGCCCGCAUGUGAGGCCACAUUCAAAACUAACCGCGUUUUGAGAGAUCACCGACUCAUUCAUGAGGGUAUUCAGCAGUUUAAGUGUCCGCACAUCGCAUGUGAUAAGAGUUUUGUGACCAGAGGUUGCCUAUCGACUCAUCGACGGUCUCAUAGGAAUGAAAAGCCGUACGGCUGUGAUUGGCCGGAGUGUGGUCAACGGUUUGCCACUAAUCGGACCCUUAAGAAACAUAUGAACGAACACCAGGGGCUCCGACCCUAUAGUUGUCAAUACAGUGGAUGUGAUAAGAGUUUUAGCGGUAAACCCGGUCUCAGAAAUCACAUGAAAGUCGUUCACAAACACAACGUAUUGGUUGACACACUUGAGGCUAAAUACCAGUACAUUGUCGUCGAGUCUAAGCCCAGGACACCGGCGGUUGUCACCAAAAGCACAACACAUGAUGUGGUCAUCAAAUAUACUCAACUCGAGAGUACGGAAGAGAAGACAUGCGAUGACUUUGAGGUGAAGAACAAUACCAGCGAUGGGUCCUCAGGACUGAAGACACAAAUAAUGACCAAAUGCGAGACAAACGAUAUAAUGGAUGAACCAAACAAUGAUAGCCAUGAGUGGGACGACUACUCUGACACCGUUGAAGACAUUUUUGAGAUGAUCGAUGACUACUCGAGUGACACUCACGUCAAUAACACACUAUUGAGAUCAGCGUUAAGUGUUAAGACAAGUGAUGGUAAGUGUUUGGCCGACAACUGUGUGAACAGCUCUGUCAGCGAUGAUUCCGCUCGUCUGAAGACACUAUCGGCCGAAAUACCAUUCAAAGUGGUCGUCGGCGGAGACGGUCGACGAGUGUUUGUAUGCAAUACGUGUGGCAAUGAGUACGAGAUUGAGUCACAACUGCAUCAACACUGGGAACAAAUGCACUUCCAUUGCGAUAAAGACGCUAAUACUUGUGAUCCGAAUAUGAGAGACGGGUCCUUACGGGCCAAAGGCGCCACUGAAUCGGCCUUCAAAAAGAUUGUCAUCAAAAACGACAAAAAAGUUUUUAUUUGCAAAAUAUGUGACAUUGAGUUCACUUAUGAACCAACUCUUGACAAACAUUGUUAUGAAAAUCACGGCCAGAAAGGCUUCCGAUGCGACCAAAAUGGCUGUCAAUACGAGGGGCCGUCGAAAUCACAUCUGAGAACACAUCUAAAAAGGGGUCAUAAAAGGAGAGACAAUGAGUCAUAUGUCUGUCCGGUCGACGGUUGCGGACAAGUGUUUAUUAAAAAACGUGAGUUAAGCGGACACCAGCUCUCUAUCCACACCGUCUGUCAGUGCGAAGUGUGCGGUGAAGAGUUUGCCGGUCAAAGGGAGCGCUCAAUUCAUAGGCGAUCGCACAAUCAAAUGAAACACAAAUGCCAUUUCCCGGACUGUACUUUCGUGACGGACAACAAUACAUCGUUGACUCACCACAGGAGCAGACAUCUCAACGUACGCCAGUUCCGGUGCGAAGUGGCCGACUGUGGCCACACUUUCGUCACUAUCAAUGAACUCAAGCGCCAUUCAUUGGUCCACAGCGUUGAGCGGCCGUUCGCCUGUGAUUGGCCCUCGUGUGCGGCCACAUUCAAAAUCGCAUCCCUACUGAACGCACACCUACUCAUUCAUAAGGGUAUUCGGCAGUUCGAGUGUCCGGCGACCGGAUGUGGUAAGAGUUUUGUGACCAAAGACAGUCUUCUGAAGCAUAAACUGCUGCACAGCGACCACGAGUUUGCGAUCUAUAACAUGAAAGUACAAUACAAAAAGUUACACAAAUGCGGACAAACGGGCUGUGACUACGAGACAGACAAUAAGACAAUAUUUACUGAACACCAAAAAAGGCAUCAAAACAUACGUGAGUUCUCGUGCGAAGUACCCGAUUGUGGCCGCAGUUUCUACACCGUUCGUGAGCUCAAGCGUCACGCAGUGGUCCACAGCUAUGAGCGGCCCUUCACUUGCGAUUGGCCCGCAUGUGAGGCCACAUUCAAGACUUCCGAUUGUUUAAAUAAUCACAGACUCACUCACGAGGCUAUUCGGCAGUUCAAGUGUUCGGAGACCGGAUGUGAUAAGAGUUUUGUGACCAGACGUUGUCUUUCGAGUCAUAGACGGUGUCAUAGGAAUGAAAAGCCGUACGGCUGUGAUUGGCCAGAGUGUGGACAACGGUUUGCCAGUAAUCAGGCGUUCAGAGCACAUGUGAACGAACACCAGGGGAUCCGACCCUAUAGUUGUCAAUACAGUGGAUGUGAUAAGAGUUUCGGCGGUAAACCCGGUUUCAGACAACACAUGAAAGUCGUUCACAAACACAGCUUU